GACACAUAACAAGCACAUAUGUGAUGUAAAACCUUGAUUUGCUUUUGACUUGGGCGAUUUCGCUUCGUCGCACGCAUUUUGCUUCUUCUUCAAGAAAAUGGAGCCUCCUAUGAACCUGUCAAACAACAACCAUUCAAUUCGUCCCCUUUCUUUAUUAUUAUUAUUAUUAUGUAGUCUUUUUAUAAUGGUAUUUGUUAGUUCAUUCAAACCAAAGGUCGAACACUUGGUUUGCUGUACAAUUUCAAGAAAUCAAUCACACAAAUACAAAAAAACCCAAUACAUCAAAAAAAGAGUAAAAUGGUUCUUCCUCUAUUAAAGCUCGGCACUCUUGCUUUGAAGACUCUCAGCAAACCCAUUGCCGCUCGCCUCAAGAAAGAGGCUGGCUUGCACCCCAAGUUCCGCCAAUCCAUCAUCAACAUGGCCCAAGCAAACCAUCGGUUCACAACAACAAUUCAAAGAAGCAUCUAUGGUCAUGCAACUAAUGUUGAGAUCCACCCCCUAAAUGAGAAGAAUGCUGUUCAAUCUGCAGUGGACCUUCUUGGGGAAGUCUUCGUCUUUUCGGUUGCAGGAGUUGCCCUUAUCUUUGAGGUGCAGAGAAGUUCUAGAUCAGAAGCUAAAAAGGAGGAACUGCGUAAGCAGGAACUGCAGGGUAUAAGGCUAAGAGAUGAAGAGCUAGCAAGAGAAGUGGAGCUUCUUAAGCAAAAACUUGAAGAGCUCCAACAACUUGCGAGGGGACGAGGACUCGCUGGUGUUUUCAACUUCAGAAAUGCUCACGAUGCUGAAGAUGGCAAGUCAGUAAAGCCAGCUUGAUCUGAUUGUAAGUUUUUCAACUGCAAGUAAUGCAUUAAUGUUGUAAUCAAAUAGUUAACCAUUCAUUGCUAUUGAUUUUGUCAAGCUCUCAACAAGGAAAGCUUUCUUUUUUUUUAUUUCUUUUGACCCUUUGUUAUUCUUUGCUCAUUUGGCUUUACUUGUUCCAUUUGUAAAUGAAAAUAACAAUUGAGGUCCUGUUUCUGUUA